AUCUUCUCUCUUCCUUUAUCUCUCUAAACUUCGCUUGUGAAGGAAUAAUAAUACAAGCACACCAAAGUCGAGAGCCUUGUUUUUAUUUAUUUGUUUAUUUAUUUUUCCUUGAUCAUUGUCGUUUUGGAUCUGUAUGUCAGUGCAAAAGUGGAUCUUGUUUGUGAGAGAAGCCUCAGAACAAGAUUGGUUUUUUAUUUUUAUUUUUGGUGUUUUUGAGUUGGGGUUUUGCUUGAUUUUGAAGACACUCUUCAGGAACUGUGAGUGAUGCACACGGGAGGUAGACUCGUUGCUGGUUCUCACAACAGGAAUGAGUUUGUGCUCAUCAAUGCCGACGAAAAUGGAAGGAUUAAGUCUGUCCAAGAGUUGAGUGGACAGAUAUGUCAGAUUUGUGGGGAUGAGAUAGAGAUUAUAAAGGAUGGGGAGCCCUUUGUUGCUUGCAAUGAGUGUGCUUUCCCUGUUUGUCGACCGUGCUAUGAGUAUGAGCGACGAGAGGGGAAUCAGGCAUGUCCACAGUGUAAGACCAGAUACAAACGUAUUGAAGGUAGUCCAAGGGUUGAAGGUGAUGAAGAUGAGGAUGAUAUUGAUGACUUAGACAAUGAGUUUGGUUAUGGACAUCCUGAUGCUUUUGGCCUUCAGCCAACUUCAGAUUCAAUGCUUUCUGGACGUGGUUAUAAUUCUAAUAUAUCUGGUACAAAUUUGGAUCAUGACACGUCUCCUCUCAAUUCUGAAAUCCCACUCUUGACUUACGGGGAGGAGGAUCCUGAGAUAUCAUCUGAUCAACAUGCUCUAAUUGUUCCCCCAUACAUGAAUAAUGUAAACAGAGCUCAUCCCACACCAUAUACUGAUCCUUCUAUUACAUUGCAACCCAGGCCUAUGGUUCCAGAGAAAGAUAUUGCAGUGUAUGGGUAUGGAAGUGUGGCUUGGAAAGACCGGAUGGAAGACUGGAAGAGAAAGCAGAAUGACAAACUUGAGUUGGUGAAGCAUGAAGGGAAUAACAAUGGUGGAAAUUUUGGUGAUGAGUUGGAAGACCCUGAUUUACCCAUGAUGGAUGAAGGCAGGCAGCCACUUUCACGGAAGAUGCCUAUCUCAUCAAGCAAGAUAAAUCCAUACAGAAUGAUUAUAAUACUCCGCCUUGUAGUUCUUGGGCUUUUCUUUCAUUAUAGAAUUCUCCACCCAGUUAAUGAUGCAUAUUGGUUGUGGUUGAUAUCGGUCAUCUGUGAAAUAUGGUUUGCUGUAUCAUGGAUAAUGGAUCAGUUUCCAAAAUGGUACCCAAUAGUGCGAGAAACAUACCUUGAUCGUCUGUCACUGAGGUAUGAAAAAGAAGGGAAGCCAUCUGAAUUGUCCAGUGUAGACAUCUUUGUCAGUACUGUUGAUCCCAUGAAAGAACCUCCGCUGAUUACAGCAAACACUGUUCUAUCUAUCCUUGCUGUUGAUUAUCCAGUUGAUAAAGUUGCAUGCUAUGUCUCAGAUGAUGGUGCUGCCAUGCUUACUUUUGAGGCACUUUCUGAGACAUCUGAAUUUGCUAGGAGAUGGGUGCCAUUUGCUAAAAAGUAUAAUAUUGAGCCUCGUGCUCCAGAAUGGUAUUUCAGUCAGAAGAUUGAUUAUCUGAAAAAUAAAGUACAUCCAGCAUUUGUCAGGGAAAGGAGAGCAAUGAAGAGAGAUUAUGAGGAAUUUAAGGUGAGGAUAAACAGUUUGGUGGCAACUGCACAAAAGGUUCCUGAGGAUGGAUGGACAAUGCAGGAUGGGACUCCAUGGCCUGGAAAUAAUGUGAGGGAUCAUCCUGGCAUGAUUCAAGUCUUACUUGGUCAGGAUGGUCUUCAGGAUGGUGUUCGUGAUAUUGAAGGAAAUGAGUUACCUCGCUUAGUUUAUGUUUCUCGUGAAAAGCGACCAGGCUUUGAUCACCACAAAAAGGCUGGGGCAAUGAAUUCUCUGGUACGGGUGUCUGCAAUUAUCUCAAAUGCGCCUUAUCUUCUGAAUGUUGAUUGUGAUCACUACAUUAACAAUAGCAAGGCACUUAGAGAAGCCAUGUGUUUCAUGAUGGACCCUCAAGAUGGGAAAAAAAUAUGCUAUGUGCAAUUUCCUCAAAGAUUUGAUGGGAUUGAUCGCCAUGAUAGAUACUCAAACCGGAAUGUUGUAUUCUUUGAUAUCAACAUGAAAGGGCUAGAUGGAAUACAAGGACCGAUUUAUGUCGGAACUGGAUGUGUUUUUAGAAGGCAAGCACUCUAUGGAUAUGAUGCACCUGCCAAGAAGAAGCCCCCAAGCAAAACCUGUAACUGUUUGCCGAAAUGGUGCUGCUGCCUAUGUUGUGGCUCUCGAAAGAAGAAAAAUGCGAACUCCAAGAAGGAGAAAAAGGUGAAGCAUAGGGAAGCAUCAAAGCAGAUACACGCACUUGAAAAUAUUGAGGGCAUUGAAGGUGAAAGAUCCAAUACAGAGAAGUCAUCCAAUUUGACUCAAAUAAAGUUGGAGAAGAGGUUUGGGCAGUCUCCUGUGUUUGUAGCCUCCUCUCUUUUGGAAAACGGGGGAGUUCCCCCGGAUGUGAGUCCUGCAUCACUUUUAAAAGAAGCCAUACAAGUCAUCAGCUGCGGUUAUGAAGACAAAACUGAAUGGGGAAAAGAAGUUGGGUGGAUAUAUGGUUCUGUGACAGAGGAUAUCUUGACUGGAUUUAAAAUGCAUUGCCAUGGUUGGCGGUCUGUGUAUUGCAUCCCUAAGCGGCCUGCAUUUAAGGGGUCAGCACCUAUCAAUCUUUCAGAUCGUCUGCACCAGGUUCUUCGGUGGGCCCUUGGAUCGGUUGAGAUUUUUUUUAGCAGACAUUGUCCAAUCUGGUAUGGCUAUGGUGGCGGGUUGAAGUUUUUGGAACGAUUUUCGUACAUAAAUUCGGUUGUAUAUCCUUUGACUUCCGUCCCAUUGCUCGUCUACUGUACUUUACCAGCUAUAUGUCUUCUCACUGGAAAAUUUAUCGUGCCUGAGAUUAGCAACUAUGCAAGUCUUGUGUUCAUGGCCCUCUUCAUAUCCAUUGCAGCAACUGGUAUCCUUGAGAUGCAGUGGGGUGGUGUUGCUAUCGAUGAUUGGUGGAGGAAUGAACAGUUUUGGGUGAUUGGAGGUGUUUCUUCACACCUUUUUGCCCUUUUUCAGGGUUUACUGAAGGUUUUGGCUGGUGUUGACACAAAUUUCACCGUUACCUCGAAAGCAGCUGAUGAUGGAGAAUUCUCAGAGCUCUAUAUCUUCAAGUGGACAUCACUGUUGAUUCCUCCAACUACACUAUUAAUCAUGAAUAUUGUUGGAGUUGUGGUUGGGGUCUCAGAUGCCAUCAACAAUGGGUAUGACUCAUGGGGUCCUCUCUUUGGUAGAUUGUUCUUUGCCCUGUGGGUUAUCCUUCAUCUUUACCCAUUCCUCAAGGGGUUACUUGGUAAACAAGAUAGGAUGCCCACCAUCGUUUUGGUUUGGUCAAUCCUUUUGGCUUCAAUCUUGACUCUCAUGUGGGUUCGAAUCAAUCCAUUUGUGUCAAAAGAUGGUCCUGUGUUGGAAAUUUGUGGAUUGAAUUGUGAUGAUUCAUGAGGUGGUGGAGUUUUCUCAGCUACACUUGGUUGCAUCGUGUAAGAAGCAACUCAUUGGAUACGGCUCUAUUAGCAAUGUUGCACGAAUUUUUGGAUGGAUAUUGUAUUUUUGGGGUGUGUAGAUAAAGAGGAAAACGUGGGGGAGAGCUGAACACUGGGUUUUUCAUUUAUUCUUUCAUUACAUUUCUGUGUCUCUUAAGUGCCAUUCUUUUUGUUUUUUUUGUUUUUUUUGUUUUUUAAUGUAUUCUUAUAAAGAGCUUUCAAUGAUAAAAUUAUUCCC